ACGAGCACGAACAACGAACAAUACCAUGCCUGACCUCCAGCUGACAACCAUGUCAACCGUUGUUGUGGUGAUGGCCGUGAUGGUCGCCAUCAACCCAGCCACCGCUUUUCCGGUUGACUCGCCGUGCACGACUGCCUCGUAUGAUGGCUCUGCCCAGCUUGCUUUCCGCUGCCUUCGCUCCGACAAGAUCGAGGAUUACGAGCAGCCUCGCCUCGAUGCGUUUGCUGUGAAGUUGAACGAAGCACUCGUGGAUACGUGUGGCCUUGCCCAGUGUGACGUGCGCUCUUCAGAUGGAACCGACCUGGAGAUGGUGACCGCAAACACCAACGCCGUCCGCCUUGCUGUCAAGAACGCCUCUACCGUCGACCAAAUCGUGAGCUGCAUGGACAACCACCAAGUCCGUUUCAUGCAGUGUACUCUGAAGGCUGCUGAUUAUGUGGCGGCAGGCAACACGGCCUUGUGUGGGUCCACCACCUACACCACGAGCGCCGUCGUGGAGACAAAGUGCCGCCGUAACCAACAGUUUGACCAGUUCACCGACGCAGAAUUGGACAAGUUCGCCAAUCAACUUCGCAAUGCCAUCCAGGAGGACUGCGGCCUUGAUGCAUGCGACCUGUUGGUGACGGAUGCAUCGUCAGUGACGGUUUUGAGCAGCAACAAGUUUAGCGUCGCUGCCAAGGACGCCUCAGUGAGUAGUUGUGAGCUGAUGUGCAUGUAUGGCAGGUCGACGGCACAACAACAACAACAACAACAACAACAACAACAACAACAACAACAACAACAACAACAACAACAACAACAACAACAACAACAACAACAACAACAACAACAACAACAACCAUUACGCCUGACAAGCGUGAACGGACUCCAAAUUGUGUUUACUGUGACGGGUGUUGAGACGGGCAACAUCAUUCGCUGCGUUGCACUCAGUCAAGACGCAGAUCCCGAGUACGAAAAUAUCACGUCAUCUGCGGCGGCUUUCUGGGCAGUGCAGUCGCAUAUCGUGAGCUAUGCUGAUUACAAUGCAAUGGACGCUGGUGCCCGGACUGGUUUCAGCUCGACACUCUCCACGGCCAACCUUGACGGCUCAUUUACUCACGUGUGCAGUGCACGGCCCUUCAACUCCAAUCUGCUUUGUCCGCUUGUGGCAACUGACCCACCUUCCACCGCGCCCUGCUUCCCUGGCUGGGCCGAGAUUAUCUUGGAGAGCGGCGAGCGCGUGCAGCUGCGUGACCUCAAGACUGGUGACCGUGUGCUUUGCUUGUCGGCUUCGAACGGCAACAGCCUGGCCUACUGCGACAUGAAGACAUUCAUCAACGUCCAGCGCAACAAGCCCAGCCCCUUUGUGGAGCUGCGCUACACGGACAAGGACGGCAACGCUGGUGUGCUCACCUCGACGCCCGACCACUUUAUCUUCCGCGCUGGCGAGGACGUGGAUGUGUCGAGCGCAUCCAUCACCAAGCCCGCCGGCGAGUUUAUUUUUGCAGAGGACUUUGUUGUUGGCGACCGCCUCGUGCGCUACGACGACGCUGGCUUUGUGUACACCGUUGUCAUCACCAGCAUCACGGAGACGACGGACGAUGAGUUCUACACCCCAGUCACCAACGACGGCUCCACGCUGUUUGUGGACGACGUGUUUGUGUCCUCCUUCGCCGUCCUUGCGUCCGCGGAGGCCCUGCGCAAGCUGAACGCCCCAAUCUGGCAGAACGACGACGCCCGCUUCAGUGUGCCGACCGCUGGCAAAGACUUCCCUGUUGGCCUACACCCGUACGUGGCGGAGCGCGCCCGCCUCAUUGCCCAGGCGAACGUCAGCGGCCAGACGAUUGACUUUGGUGGCCUUCUUGGCUACAUUGGUGCCAGCGCAACUGUGGCAGAUGAUGGCUUGACACCUGAGCAGCGCAAGGAGAUUGAGCAAAAGAAGUUUGAGGCAGCACGAAAGCUCGCGUUGACAAAGGGUGUCCCGGUCACGGGCACCAUGGGCGAGUCCUGGCGCCACGCCCUGCGUCGCGAAUUCAAGCAGUCGUACUUUGAAAAGCUGAUGUCGUUUUUGGCCAAGGAGGCGGAGGGCGGCAAGACCAUCUUCCCGCCGGCAGACGAGGUGUACUCGUGGUCGCGUGCGUGCCACAUCCGAGACGUCAAGGUGGUCAUCCUGGGGCAGGAUCCCUAUCACGGGCCUGGUCAGGCCCACGGCCUCUGCUUCAGCGUCAAGCCAGGCGUCUCAGCACCGCCAAGUUUGAAAAACAUUUACAAGGAGCUGGAGGAAGACAUUGACGGUUUCAAGAAGCCGGACCACGGCCACCUCAUGUCCUGGGCCGAGCAAGGUGGAGAUGUAUAUAUAUAUAUAUAUAUGUGUGUGUGUGUGUGUGUGUGUGUGUGUAAGAAAGGAGUGAGCGAGGGCUGGGAGACGUUUACGGAUGCAGUUGUGGACUGGAUCAACAAGAACAUGUCCAAUGUUGUGUUCAUCCUCUGGGGCAACUACGCAAAGAAGAAGGGCAAGAAAAUCAACAAGCAAAAGCAUCUGGUGCUUGAGGGUGCACACCCAUCCCCGCUCUCUGUCACGCGGUUCCGGGGGUGCCGCCACUUCUCCCAAGCCAACAGCUACCUGAAGAAGAUGAAACGUGGCGAGAUUGACUGGGCAUCCAUCUGCAAGUGA